AUGAUUCCUGAUGAUCAGAGAAUACAACGAUCGUCUAAUGAAAAGGCGCAAAUUGCAAGUGGGGCGGUUCUGCUGAUGACGACUCUUGCUCCAAACGGUGUAUAUCAGACGUUGUUUACUGGACAAAAUCAAGGUGGUGACGUCCUGAUGAAUUUGGACAUUUCUAAUGCCCAUGAAAAUCCAGGAUCUGAGUCAUACGUCCAACAAGUGUGUUCUGUUGUCAUUAGCCAAGAAAAUCCAAUUACAACUGACGUAUCAAAUGAAUUGAAGGUAUCAGAAGCGAUUUCUGGCGGUCAAGGAGGACGAUUUGAAUGCAGUUAUUGUCACAAAAAUUACUUUUCCGAAUCUAACCUGCAACUUCACUUAGAUGUCGCUCACCGAGGUUUACGUCGUUUUCAGUGUAACUUUUGUGGCAAAUCUUAUACUAAAGGUUUCCUUCUGAAAGCUCAUGUGAAAAGUGUUCAUGAAAAUAUUCGGGACGUAACAUGUACUGUUUGUCAAAAGGCCUUUUCCAAAAGAUCUGUAAUGCGUAGGCAUAUGAAAUCAGUUCAUGCAGAAAAGAAAGACUUUCACUGCAAUCUAUGUCCAAAACAGUUCACAGAGAAGAAAAAUCUUCAAAUGCACAUAAAUGCACUUCACAAAGGUUUACGGCCUCAUCAAUGUGAUGACUGCCUCAAAGAAUUUGCUCGAAAGUGUGAUUUGUUAAGACAUUCAAAUUCAGUACAUCGGGAUUCAAAACCAUAUAUGUGUCCAUUGUGUAACAAGGGAUUUCCACAGAAAUGGUAUUUUGAGCGUCAUGUGGCUUCUGUUCAUAAAAAAACACCAUUUCCGAUAUCCUUUAUGGUUCCUCGUCAACAAACGCAGCAGCAACAACAACAAUCCCAGCAACCACAAGCACAACAACAACAUCAACAAACUUUACAAUCGCAACAAGAACAACAAGCCCUACAGGAUAUGCUGCAACAUCAACAGGAACAACAACAACAACAGCAGCAACAGCAACAACAACACUUAUUUCAUCAACAACAGCUUACUGUACUCCAAACUCAACCGCACUCUCAACAAGUUAAUCUGCCUAUGGGCACCAUAAUCGCCACACCAGGUUCAGUUCAAAAUGCAAUGCCUUCUGGUACACAAGUGAUGAUGGUCGCUCCUGGAGUAAAUAUGCCAAUGCCAGCGUUUUUCUUUCAACCACAACAAGCUACUCCCUGUCCUACCAACCAGUACAAAUUCACUGUUUCGUCUAAUUGUGCUACAACAUCGGCUACAUUUAUCACUUCACCUUUCGGUGUGAGUCAUAUACCCGUAAAGCCGAUCACAUUGAAUCCAACACAGAUUGCUGUAACUGCUACUACAACUGCAUCACCCGCAAGACCUUCAAAAGAGUAUCAAUGUGCGACCUGCUCAAAAGUCUAUCCUCGUCGUCAAAGUUUACAAGCUCACAUUAUACAAGUGCAUACAGACAAAAAGCCCUAUGAAUGUAAUGUAUGUCAUAAGGGUUUUGUCCGACGUUGGGAUUUUUAUCGUCAUGUUAAUUCUGUCCAUUUCGAUAACGCGACGACUGCUAUUGGCAGUGAUAAAUUAGAAGAAUAUGUGGCAUGGAUGCGUGGACGUCGUUCCUCGUUAGAUAUUAGCUGGGAAUGCUUAAAUGCUGUUCGACCUGAUUUGGCUAAAGUGAAAACAGAAUCAGACGGACAUCCACAACAAUCUACACAGAUAACCCUGAAACCGGAACAGAUAAAUCACUAUCUUUUAGGUACAGAAGUUACAGCUGUCGAUACAUCAGAUAUUAAUAAUUUAUGA